AUGGAACUGGUGCUUUGGAUUAUACGACAUUACCUGACAUCAUCAUCAUCAUCAGCCGAUGACAUCCCACGUGUCCAGCUGCCCAAGAAUGCUGGAAUCUACAUGGACAUCGAUCUUGACGCAGACAUUGCAUCUCAAAGAGACCACUAUGGCCAGGUAACUGAGAGUCUUGUGAAUAUUUUGCAGGUCUACAGGAUGAAGAAAAACAACCGUGAAUUCUCAAUGCAAUCCGAUAAUGAUGUCAACCCUGUGCUAUUCUUCGAGCGACACUACAGAAAGAAGAUGAUUAUCUACUUUUUUCGCCAUGAGGACCUCUCACCACUUUAUGACCCGUCUGGGGCAUUUAGACCUAAGAGCACUGGACCAUUUAGCAAGCCUAAGAGUAUUGAUCAGAUCUACAAUUUCUAUGAGUCUCUACCAAUACCAGAGGCAUCCUUAAAGAGAAAGAAACCGGAUUCAGAUGACUUAGAGGAAUAA